AUGUGCCGGGCGUUUUAUUCAACAUUGACCGGACGAGCGGCAGAGUGGUUCCGUACUUUGGAGCCAGGUUCCAUUUCCAAUUUCCGAGACCUAGCCUGGAGGUUUGUUGAUCCUUUCGCCAUGUCAAAGACCGUGAAGAAACAUUUCUCGCAUCUGGAAAACGCCAAGCAGUUAGAUGGCGAAUCGCUCUCCGUAUUUAUCGAACGCUGGAAUAAGGAGAUGGCGGAGAUCGAGCCCGUCGAUGAUGUCACCGCCACUAAUCUCUUGCUGAACUCUCUGAGUGCGGGAAAUUUAUACCAGGAUCUUAUCCUCCGGCCCCCGUCCUGUUACGAGGACGUCGUGCGCAGGGUGGUCGCCCACGCCACCGCCACAGAGGCGAACUCAGCCAAAAGAAUGAUGGAGACUAGGGGGCCAAGGAGGGAUCAAGGUCAGCGAGAUAGACGCCUGAACAAUCUGCGACAGAAGGACCGCGAUGGAAACCCGAUCUACACCCCGCUGACCAGAUCGCUGCCUGCCCUGGCCAUAGACGGCCCGGACAAAGAUAAGUACUAUGCGUAUCAUCGCAAUUGGGGACACGACACCGAAGAGUGUCAUGUGCUUAAGGGCCUGAUCGAAGACCUGCUGCAUACCGGAGAAUUGGCCCAGUUCGCCGAGAAGAAGAAGAAGAACCGGCGAGGGUGGAGAAAAUACUUCAAGAAGGAUAAGGAUAAGAAAGACAAGGAUCUCGACCUGGACAGAGAGCCUCUGGCUGCCGCUCAGAAGCAGGUUAUUCAUGUGAUAUUUGGAGGACCGGAGGGUGGUGACACGGCCGGAGACCGUCGUAACUGGGCCCGUGACCUACAUGUCGCCCUAGUAGAGGAAACAAACCCGGUGAAAAGGACGAAGAUGGAGCCCAUUGUGUUCACCGACCGGGACCUGCCGAGCAGCGCCGACUGCGCGACCGAAGCGUUGGUGAUAACCAUAGACAUCAACGGCGUCGACGUCCAAAGAGUCAUGGUGGACACGGGCUCGAGCGUGAAUGUUAUGUAUUUAGACGUCUUCCGAAAGCUCCAGUUGGACCGAUCCCAGCUAACGCCCGUCAGAACCCCGCUCUCGGCUUUCACAGGAGCAAUGAUCCAUCCGGAGGGAGUAGCCCGUCUGCCUGUGGAGGUCGGGACCGUUCCGAGGGUGCUCCGUGUAACGAUGGAGUUCAUCAUCGUCGACCUGGCAUGUGUUCAUAACGUCAUUCUUGGUAGGCCGGGGAUCUCACAACUCGGUGCAAUAAUAUCAAUGCCACAUCUAUGCAUGAAGUUUCAAACACCGGAAGGCGUGGGCACGGUUAGAGGAGACCCCCAAUCGGCCAGACGAUGCUAUGUCCGGGCCGUACAAAAACAGGACGCCAGCACGUCCCGAGUGAACACCAUCAGUAAAAGGAAGGAGGACGUCCGGAUUGAGCGCCUCGAGCCGUCGGAAGAGGUGGAGCUGGUGGCGCUGUCGGAGUCCCGACCGGAACGUACGGUGAAGAUUGGCUCGGCUUUAUCCCCUGAUUUGCGGACCGCCAUCGUCGCCGUCCUUCGAGAAUACACCGACAUCUUUGCCUAG